AUGAAGGGAUUAUCUAGCAGCCGUAGUCAUCAUCAUGGGGUUGCCUGUGACCCUCCGUGUGACAGUGUGCCACAUCACCCAGACAGGAAGCCAUAUUUGUUAAAUCCAGUGGACCCUCACCCGGCAGAUCACCCUUACUACACUCAAAGGAACUCUUUUCAGGCAGAAUGCAUGGUGCCCUACAGCGAUCAGAUUGCCAGCAGCACUUUUCCUCGGAGACAUUACAAUUCUCACCAUGAACUUAAAGACGAGUGUGCUCUUGUUCCCCAUGGAACUGCCAAUAAAACUAACCGCAUUCCUGCCAACCUUUUGGACCAGUUUGAACGACAGCUGCCUCUGAAUCGCGAUGGCUACCAUACGCUGCAGUACAAGCGGACUGCCAUGGAGCACCGCAGUGACAGCCCAGGGAGGAUCCGACAUUUGGUUCAUUCUGUCCAAAAGCUCUUUACCAAGUCCCAUUCCCUUGAGGGACCCUCCAAGGGGAGUGUCAACGGGGGCAAAGCGAGCCCAGAGGAGUCACAGACGAUGAGGUAUGGGAAGCGUAGCAAGAGUAAAGAGAGGCGAUCAGAAGGUAAGCCCAAAUCCAAUGCCUCAGGAUGGUGGAGUUCAGAUGACAACUUGGACAAUGAUGUUUGCAUUUAUCAUGGCCCCAGUGGGGUUAUGACCAUGGGAAGAUGCCCUGAUCGUUCUUCUUCCCAGUACUUUAUGGAAGCCUAUAACACUAUUAGUGAACAUACUGUGAAGUCAUCCAGAAGCAAUAAUGAUGUCAAAUGCUCUACCUGUGCAAACCUGCCUGUGAAUUUGGACUCCCAGUUAAUGAAGAAAAGCUCUUGGUCCUCUACACUAACUGUGAGCAGAGCCCGUGAAGUUUACCAGAAAGCAUCAGUUAACAUGGACCAGACAGUGGUGAAGGCAGAGACGUGUCAACAGGAGCGGUCGUGUCAGUACCUUCAGGUUCCUCAAGAUGAAUGGACUGGGUACACGCCGCGAGGGAAAGACGAUGAGAUUCCCUGCCGGCGAAUGCGUAGCGGCAGUUACAUUAAAGCCAUGGGGGACGAUGACAGUGGAGACUCAGACACAAGUCCGAAGCCAUCCCCAAAGAUUGCGGCACGAAGAGAGAGCUAUCUCAAGGCCACCCAGCCAUCCCUUACAGAGCUCACCACCCUCAAGAUAUCCAGUGAACACUCACCAAAGCUUCAGAUCCGGAGCCACAGCUACCUGCGGGCAGUGAGUGAAGUCUCCAUCAACAGGAGUCUAGACAGUCUGGAUCCCACUGGGCUGCUGACAUCCCCCAAAUUUCGCUCCCGGAAUGAGAGCUACAUGAGAGCCAUGAGCACCAUUAGUCAGGUGAGUGAGAUGGAGGUGAACGGUCAGUUUGAGUCCGUCUGCGAGUCGGUGUUCAGUGAACUCGAGUCUCAGGCCGUGGAGGCCCUGGAUCUGCCGAUGCCCGGCUGUUUCCGCAUGAGGAGCCACAGCUAUGUGAGAGCCAUUGAGAAGGGCUGUUCCCAGGACGACGAGUGCAUAUCGCUCCGGUCCUCGUCUCCCCCACGUACAACCACGACGGUGAGGACUAUCCAGAGCAGUACCGUGUCAUCCUGCAUCACCACCUAUAAGAAGACACCACCUCCAGUUCCACCAAGAACUACCACCAAGCCAUUUAUUUCCAUCACGGCCCAGAGCAGCACAGAGUCUGCCCAGGAUGCAUAUAUGGAUGGGCAUGGGCAGAGGGGAGAUAUCAUCAGUCAGUCGGGACUUAGCAACUCCACAGAGAGCUUGGACAGUAUGAAGGCACUAACAGCUGCUAUUGAAGCUGCCAAUGCACAGAUCCAUGGCCCAGCAAGUCAACAUGUAGGAAACAAUACUGCCACUGUCACCACUACCACCACCAUUGCCACAGUUGCUGUAGAAGAUAGAAAGAAGGACCACUUCAAGAAAAACAGAUGUUUAUCUAUUGGAAUACAGGUUGAUGGUGCUGAGGAGUCUACCAAAUCAGGUGAAAAUAAAGCAACCAGUAAGUUCCAGUCCAUAGGAGUUCAAGUAGAGGAGGAGAAGUGCUUUCGCAGGUUUACACGAUCUAAUAGUGUAACAACAGCUGUGCAAGCAGACCUGGAUUUCCAUGAGAACUUUGAAAUAAUUGAUCCACAAGAGGAUAAUACGUGUUCUGGACAAAUAUCAAGACAAUAUUCCCGAGAUGCAAGCACCUCUACUGUUAGCAUACAAGGGUCAGGAAAUCAUUAUCAUGCAUGUGCAGUGGAUGAUGACUUUGAUACAGAUUUUGAUCCAUCCAUUUUACCUCCUCCGGACCCCUGGAUUGACUCUAUUACUGAAGAUCCUCUGGAAGCUGUUCAAAGGUCAGUGUGUCCACGGGAUGGGCACUGGUUUCUGAAGCUUCUUCAGGCAGAGAGAGAUCGUAUGGAGGGCUGGUGCCAACAGAUGGAGAGAGAAGAGCGGGAAAACAACUUACCAGAGGACAUCCUAGGGAAAAUUCGAACUGCAGUGGGCAGUGCCCAGCUCCUGAUGGCCCAGAAAUUUUACCAGUUCAGAGAACUUUGCGAAGAAAACCUGAAUCCUAAUGCACAUCCACGGCCGACCUCCCAGGAUUUAGCAGGGUUUUGGGAUAUGCUGCAGUUGUCCAUAGAAAAUAUUAGUAUGAAAUUUGAUGAACUUCAUCAGUUAAAGGCCAAUAAUUGGAAACAGAUGGAUCCUCAUGACAAGAAGGAGAGAAGGGUCCCUCCUCCAGUGCCAAAGAAGCCAUCGAAAGGUCAGGUGCCACUCAUACGAGAACGCUCUCUGGAGAGCUCACAGCGUCAAGAGGCCCGGAAACGGCUGAUGGCUGCCAAACGAGCUGCAUCCGUCCGGCAGAACUCGGCUACCGAGAGCGCCGAAAGCAUUGAGAUAUACAUCCCCGAAGCCCAGACCAGGCUAUGAAGGGAUUCACCCAGGAGGACUCUCUCUGGCAAGACAAGUCUCAUGUAUAAUCUGCCCCUCUAGGUUCCUGCUCAAGGUCACCAUUAAGUAUUUGUACUUCCCCCCUCUCUCGCGCUCCCUCUCCCUCUCUCCCCCCCCUUCCCACUCCCUGUACAUGGUCCC